GUCGGCCGCUCAGAGGGAGUAGAUGAGCUGGCCACCGGUCCUCAGCUUGCGGAUCCACAGCCACAGGUAGUCCCCUGCAAGAACCACACACACAGACCGAGACACGCCGUGAUGUGUGGGAGCAAACGCCGGUGUGCCCGUGUGUAUUAUGUAUGGACGUACCUGAGAGGAGUGUGUGGAGGAGGUCCGCAACGAAGAGGCCGAUAAAGUGCUCGCCGAUCCAGUACAGCUGCACCCAGAAGAGCAACCGCACUGCCCGCGAGCACACCAGCAGACCCACGUAGUGACUUGUCACAUUCUCAACCUGAACACCACACAGUUGCAGACGCCACGCCCACCAUUAUCACAAUCAUGCUGAUGGCCUGCCGCCUCUGUUAAUGUUACCUACCUCGUGCAUCCUCCGCAUAAGGUAGAGCUGCGGGAUGAGGGCGACGGCCUCGAUGUACAUGGUGAAGGCCACCAGGAUCUGCACCGUCCACCACUUGUAGCCGGGGUGGAAGAAGAACGCCAACACCAGGGCCGCGGGAAUCAGAAUCGUGGCUUUCAGCGGCGAGGGGGCCUGCUUGAUCGUCGUGUGCCGGAACUGCCACAUCGAGUAGGCCAGCAUCAACGCCACGACCGUCGAGCAGAUCAGCUCCAUGUACGCCAAGUUCGUCUGAACCAACCAAAACAUCACACCACACACACACGUAUCUGCCUGCCGUACCCUCCAUUUCCUCUCCCCCCCUCCGUCCCUCUGUGUGUCAGUUCCCUCCCCCCGCGCCCCUCCGUACCUCGAUGAGUCUGGUGUACAUGGACCAGAUGCACCUGCUGAUAGUGGCGGCGAGGAGCAUAUACUGGGUGUCGCUCGACAGGCCAUAGACGGAUUUCUGCUUCUGUAUCUUCCUCAGAAGCACGAUGGAACCCACGAAGUGGACCAGGUAGCCGAGGAUGAACAGCCAAAUCUCCAUCGAACGACGGGCACACGAAAAACGAGCCGAAUCGGCGGGACGGGUGUCGGGAAGAUGCGAGGGGGAGAGGGGGAGCGGACUGGUGGCCGGCCCUCCUGUCUUGCCGCCAAGGAUAGAAAAACGACGAGGAAAACCGGGCGAGAGGGGCUGGUGCGCGGGUGAGGGAGGCGCUGGUGCUCGUGCGAAAAGGUCAGAAAAGGCAAAAAGGAAGGCAGGCAAGCAAAAACCUGCAGAUA